UUUUUAAGGAUGGAUAUGGAUUCGUUUUGACAUUUAUAUACAAUUUAAUUAAAACAUUGGAUGCAAUUUAUCGGAAGUGUUUUACCUUUUUGCAUGGUGUCAUAUUAAAUAUUACUAUUUUCGGUUACCUUUCCGAUUUGAUCGGAUUAAAGUGGUGCGAAAAAUAACUGCAUUAUGUCUAAUGCAAAAAGCCGAAAAAACAACACGCAAGGAUGGGAGGAGGCUGGUGGUGAAUUUUAUCAAGAAAGUUAUCCAGCUGAAUGGGAAGGUUUUCAACGAGAUCCGGCCGCAAUUGCCACUCUUUUACCCUCAAAACAAAAUCGUGUUGCUACUUCAAGGCGCAUUCGCAAUAAUCAUAAUCAUGAUACACAAGUUAAACGGCGUCAAACACAAUACAACACACGGUCGAAUUCAAUUGCGAGACGUGAAAUCCAGUAUCAAGAUGUUCAAGGUGCCACAUUGCCCGAUUUAUCACAAGACUUAACCGACGAAGAACGAAUAUGGGAAGAAAUUCAAGAAAUAAAAUCUAUGCCAGUGUCAAUGACACAAAAAAAGGAUUUAAAAGCAAAACUUCAAAAUGCUACAAAACUUCGUCUUCAGGGAUUCGAUCAAUUUAAAUGGCAACGCCGUAAAGCUUGGCAGCAACUCCACACUAAAUGGACGGAAGUUUUAACAAAAAUGGGACUAUGGCGUAGUUCGCUUAAAAAAAUUGAGGGUAGUUUUGGAACCGGUGUUGUAGCAUAUUUCUUGCUUCUCAGAUGGCUUAUGUUUCUAAAUUUAGUUAUAUUUUUUUUAAUAUUUAUUUUCAUUAUCAUACCACAUGUAUUUCUAGUUCAUCCAAAUGAAGAAUUGUGUGAUCAGGUAACUGCAAACGACUCAACACAAUGUUGUAGGGAAUCCUACUUGAAUAAUACAUCGAGUGAAUUUUAUAUUUUGGAUUUAAUCCAAGGCACUGGUUUCAUGGAAAAUACUUUAUUAUUUUAUGGAGUCUAUACAAAUAAAGUAUCUGACCAAAUUCCACAUAGCCAAAAUGAAGAGAUUGAAGACAUAAGUAAUACAUCUACUUUAAAUUCACAUUACAAUAAUAAUAAUAAUAAUUAUGAGCGUAGUGAAGGUAAAGAAUUCAAUUACGAUCUACCUUUAGCUUACAUUAGCAUUACGGUGCUAUAUUUUCUCAUUUCACUGGCUGCUAUUGUUAAAGGGGCAUCACGUGAAUUCAAAGACAGAUUAGUUGAUGGUGAGGGUCAAUUUUAUCAAUAUUGUAAUCUAGUAUUUGGAGGUUGGGAUUUUUGUAUACAUAACAGUAAAUCGGCUGACAUAAAGCAUAAAGCACUCUAUAAUGAAAUUAAGGGUCUUCUUUACUCUAAGCGUAUAGAUUACGAGCGUAGCAAUCGAUCCCGAGAUCACAUGUACAAAUUAGUCCUAGUAAGAUUUCUAGUUAACUGUGCAGUUGCUGUUAUUUUGGUUCUUUCGGCUUUAUUUAUAUAUUUCCUUUUUAAUUUGAGCCUUAAGUAUCUUGAACCAAAUUUCAAAACGAGUCAUCAUAUAUCAUUACUCGAUCAGACGACUUACACAUUUUCCGCUGAAGAAACAUUAAAAAAGCCUAACAAUCCCAAAGAACAGUUUACAAUUUUGUUUUAUGAAUUCUUACCGUACAUUGCUAUAGUCUGUCUCAAUUUAUUGGUCCCAAACUUAUUUAAUUAUCUUUGUGAGUUCGAACAAUAUUCGCCAAUGUUUGUAGUCAAAGUUAAUCUUUUUAGAACUGUAUUUUUGCGACUGGCCUCUUUGGCUGUUCUUUUGAGCCGCUUUUAUCAUUUAAUUAUUCCAAAGACAAGUUCGCAAUGCUUUAAUGAUAAAUACAAAACGCCACAAUGUUGGGAGACAUAUAUUGGCCAACAGUUUUACAAGCUUCUAAUAACAGACUUUGUUACAAAUAUUGGAGUAACUUUUUUUGUCAAUUUCCCUCGUGCAAUAAUGGCCCGUCAUAUUAAAACAAGAUUUGUUCGACUUAUUGGUGAACAAGAAUUUGAACUGCCUAAACACGUUUUAGACAUUGUGUAUUCGCAAACCAUAUGUUGGUUGGGUAGCUUCUAUUCCCCUUUUCUUCCCGUAAUAGCAGCCGUUUUGACAUUUUGUAUGUUUUACAUAAAAAAAUUCCAGUGCUUGGUUAAUUCGAAACCUUCAGCAAUACUUUAUAGGGCUUCCGGAUCAAAUUCGCUUUUUAUGCUCAUUUUACUUGUAUCAUAUUCGGUGGCAUUGAUUCCUGUUGUAUAUGCGAUAGCUGAAGUUAUACCUUCAAGAUCAUGUGGUCCUUUCAGAGGACUUCCUUCUGUUUGGGAUGCUGCAACCACAGCGUUUAAUCAAAUGCCGUCUGUUGUUAAGAACUGCAUUUUCUUUUUGGGUACAGCUGGGUUUGCCAUUCCAUGUUUCAUAGUACUGGUUUUAUUUUUGUAUUAUUAUCAUGCCGUUUCAAAUGCAAACAAACACAUGGUUGAGGUUCUAAGAAACCAACUGGUUUUAGAAGGUCAUGAUAAACAGUUUCUUUUAAAUCGCUUAAGUUCUUUUGUUAAACUUCAACAGGACUACCAAAAAAAAAUGCGACAGUUUGUCGAACGUGAUCGACGACAACAUCAGCCACAUCAUCAUAUCCUUCAGUGUGAACAUGGAAAUUAUGAGGAAUGUAAUUCAAUUGAAAGUGAAAAUUAAUUCAAUAAAUAGAUUUUGUAAUGUAA